GUUCCUCUUUGUAAUUUCGUUCUGAAUCGGGUUAUACUGGUAAUAUUGCUACCACUGGUGGUUUCAAAGGAGUGCUCAAAUUUUCAUUUCUGGGUAUUUUUGAAGACUGGCACCUAUGGCUUCUUGUUCUGUUCUGUUUGGGUGCACUGGGCUUGGUUCAGUGGGUAAGCUUAGGUCUCAGAGGCUAUGUGUGCGGUCUGCUCUGGAUACUAACGUGUCUGAUAUGAGCGUUAAUGUUCUUGUUUUCUGGGGAUUUAUUUUUAUGCCGGAGAUGGGUUUGAGGUUUUACCUUGAUUUUGAUUUCUGCAACUUAGCAGGAGCUCCAAAGGGUUUGUUUCCACCAGAACCUGAACAUUACAGGGGACCAAAGCUGAAAGUAGCUAUCAUUGGAGCUGGACUUGCAGGCAUGUCAACUGCAGUGGAGCUAUUGGAUCAGGGCCAUGAGGUGGAUAUAUAUGAGUCAAGGUCUUUCAUUGGUGGCAAAGUAGGCUCUUUUGUUGAUAAACGUGGCAAUCACAUAGAGAUGGGACUGCAUGUGUUCUUUGGUUGCUACAAUAAUCUCUUCCGCUUGAUGAAAAAGGUUGGUGCAGAUAAAAAUCUCCUUGUGAAGGAUCAUACUCACACUUUUGUUAACAAGGGGGGUGAAAUUGGUGAACUUGAUUUCCGAUUUCCAGUCGGUGCUCCCAUACACGGGAUCCGUGCAUUUUUGUCUACAAAUCAGCUCGAGACUUAUGAUAAAGCAAGAAAUGCUCUGGCUCUUGCCUUAAGUCCUGUCGUGAGAGCUCUUGUUGAUCCAGAUGGAGCAAUGAGGGUCAUAAGAAAUUUGGAUACUAUAAGCUUCUCUGAUUGGUUUUUGUCUAAAGGUGGGACACGUGCAAGCAUCCAGAGAAUGUGGGAUCCUGUUGCUUAUGCCCUCGGGUUUAUUGACUGUGAUAACAUCAGUGCUCGCUGUAUGCUGACUAUAUUCUCAUUAUUUGCUACCAAGACAGAGGCUUCCCUUCUGCGAAUGCUCAAGGGUUCCCCAGAUGUUUACUUGAGUGGUCCCAUCAGGAACUAUAUCACAGAAAGAGGAGGCAGAUUCCACUUGAGAUGGGGAUGCAGAGAGAUACUUUAUGAUAAAUCUGCUGAUGGAGAGACAUAUAUCACAGGAAUUGCCACGUCAAAAGCAACUAAUAAAAAAAUCGUCAAAGCUGAUGCAUAUGUUGCAGCUUGUGAUGUCCCUGGAAUUAAACGGUUGCUUCCGCCACAGUGGAGGGAGUGGGAAUUUUUUAACAAUAUUUAUGAGCUAGUUGGAGUGCCUGUUGUAACCGUGCAACUUAGAUACAACGGCUGGGUCACAGAGUUACAGGAUCUCGAACGAUCACGGCAAGUGAGGCAAGCUGUGGGCAUGGAUAACCUUCUGUAUACUCCGGAUGCAGAUUUCUCAUGCUUUGCAGACCUAGCUCUCACUUCUCCUGAGGAUUACUACAUUGAGGGACAAGGUUCAUUGCUCCAAUGUGUUUUGACCCCGGGUGAUCCUUACAUGCCGUUGCCGAAUGAUGAAAUCAUAAAUAGAGUAGCAAAGCAGGUUUUGGCUUUAUUUCCAUCAUCCCAAGGUUUGGAAGUUAUUUGGUCAUCUGUUGUCAAGAUUGGGCAGUCUCUAUACCGCGAGGGACCUGGUAAAGAUCCAUUUAGGCCUGAUCAGAAGACACCCAUUAAGAACUUCUUCCUGGCUGGCUCGUAUACAAAGCAGGAUUAUAUAGAUAGUAUGGAAGGAGCAACAUUAUCCGGCAGACAAGCGUCGGCCUAUAUAUGUAAUGCGGGGGAAGAAUUGGUGGCAUUAAGGAAGAAACUCGCUGCCAUUGGAUUGAACCAAGAAACAGAAGUUUCAAGCGUCCCUGACGAGCUAAGUCUUGUGUAAUAACAUUUUAACGCAUUUGAAAAGCACUGUUAAACUUCCUGUCUUGUGAUUGUUGCAGGUAUUUGAAAUAUUUAUCAAUUAGAAAUUGUAUGAAAGUAUAGCCAAUAAAAAAAAAAAAAAAAA